UAUGGCAAGUGAUAGAGGAGCAUUAAAUUCGAUGCUACCCUCGCCCUAAUUGAACAGAGCAAAUCCUCUGAUACUGUUGUUUUCCUCAGGUUAUCUCAUUCAUUCUCCUUUGUUUCUCAUCUCAUUCUCAACUCAACCAUGUCAACAUCAUCUUCUUCAUCCUCUUCCCAAACCCUCAGAAUUGGCAUAGUUGGAUUCGGCACCUUUGGCCAAUUUCUGGCCAAGACAAUGAUAAAACAAGGCCACUCUCUCUCUGCAACUUCUCGAUCCGAUUACUCCGACAUCUGUCUCCAAAUGGGCAUUCACUUUUACAGGGAUGUCAGCGAUUUCCUUGCUGCUGACAUAGAUGUGAUAUUGUUGUGCACAUCGAUAUUAUCGCUAUCCGAGGUUGUGGGGUCAAUGCCACUCGCUUCCCUGAAGCGCCCAACACUGUUUGUUGAUGUUCUUUCAGUGAAAGAACACCCGAGAGAACUUCUGCUACGAGAGUUGCCACUGCACUCAGACAUUCUCUGUACUCACCCUAUGUUUGGACCUGUCACCGGCAAGAAUGGAUGGAAAGGUCUCACUUUCAUGUAUGACAAAGUUCGGAUAAGAAAUGAAGAUAUCUGCUCUAGUUUCAUCCAAAUUUUUUCCAGUGAGGGUUGCAAGAUGGUACAAAUGACUUGUGAGGAACAUGACAAAGCAGCUGCGAAGAGCCAAUUUAUUACACACACAAUUGGCAGAACAUUGGCAGAAAUGGAUAUUCAAUCCACACCUAUUGACACCAAGGGCUUUCAGGAACUUGUUAAAUUGAAGGAGACGAUGGUAGGAAAUAGUUUUGAUUUGUUCAGUGGAUUAUACGUGUAUAACAGAUUUGCCAGACAAGAGCUGGAAAACCUUGAACGUGCCUUGCAAAAAGUCAAAGAAACGCUGGUUGAAAAGAAGAAAGAGGAGCAGGGUCAAGAAAAGAUAUGAUUUUAUUUAUAAUUUUAUAUCAUAGAGAUAUAUUCUCGAACAAUCAAAUUUCCUCUUGUUCCAGUCAUAAAUUAUUCCCAUUUCAGUUUUACAGUUACCAAAAUGAAGUCAACUAAUAAACCAAAUACACUUGCAUAUGUUCGAUCUUGCUAUAAAAAUGUUGGACGAUCUUGUUCCCAGCAUAUACUGUGAUUUCAUGAAGCUAAAAAACAGAUAUUUAGUCCUCAAUGUCACCAUUUAACUCAAGUUUGUUUCA